CUUUUUUUAUUAUUAUCUAUACAGAACAUCAAACAAACAAAUAAAAUGCCAUAUAUGCUUCCCCUCAAUAGUCAAAGCUCCUUUGAAAGAUUCAACCAAAUUGUGGAGCAAUACCAAGAUAUUAUCGAAAACAAUGCGACGGCCCGUUGUAUGAUUGGUUUCACGGCCGCAGCAUUUAUCCGCAAUGAAGGAGAUAUUGAUAUUGGGUUAGUUGAGAGUUGGUUACAAUCAUUGCAUUUGGAUGUAGACGGUGGGUCCGUGGAAAAUCAUGUUAAAGUCGACCGAAUUUUACACGUUGUCAAGGAAACGUCGAGCCAUUACUAUGCUGACGAUGAUGCAGAGGAAGAAGUGGGCUGCACAACAGACGAAAGUGAAGAUGAUGAAUUACUUUCAAACGACAACAAUAACGAUGAUAACGAAGAGGACUAUAAAUUAAAUCGAUUCACAAAUGAAUCCUAUUGUACUUACCUUCCCAAAGAAGUUACCGUAGUAGAUCAUGUACUCUUUCCCUUGGAUGAACAAUCCAGGACAUGGUCAUAACCUUAAACAGCAAAGACAUUUCACUCAUUUUUUCUCUACUACAUACCUUUUUACCCUUUAGACAUUGGAUAAUACCCCCUCUUUUUUUUCUUUUUUUUUUUUUCUUCCCUAUUUUUUAAUUAAAAAAGGCCCUGUGUAUCUCAAAAAAAAAAAGGUUUAAAGCCAGCAUAAAAAUUUACCUUUUUCGGUCGAAUGACCCUUCCUAUUAAAACACCAAUGGCAUUUUACCGAGUUUUCUGACUUUACUUGAUUUGGGUAAAGGAUGAUCUUUUGACAAAAAAUUAAAGGGG